GCCGAGCUUGUCACGUGCUGGGCGUUGUCUGUUUUAAAGGGCUGCAUUGCAAGGUUCUUCUAUAGGGAAUUUAGUCAAAACUGAGUUGGAAAUCUUUAUGUUGGAUAAAGGCCACUGAAUUCCAGGCAUUCUUCGAGCUUGAGAAUGGUAUUUCAAGAUUGUUCUGAAGUCUGCGGUAAGGACUUUUCUACAAGAAACCGCCUCUGCCUGCUAUCCUUAUCGUUUGUGACGGCUUCCUUGUCCCGGAGGUGGAGGUACUCCGGAGACACCUCUUCAGGCAGACCUUGCCAAGUUUCCCAACGCUUUUUAAUUAAUGGUGGUUGGUAGGGGUCGAGGUGCCACGUUAUUAUCAUCUCCCUGUGAGUGGGAUUGGCACCCCAGCUGUCCCUCCCGGCACAAGUACUCCACGAAGCACAGACUUGUGUUUGUGGACAGCCUGCUUGACCAGGCCCCAGGCAUGGAAGAACUGAUAUGGGAACAGUACACUGUGACCCUACAGAAGGAUUCCAAAAGAGGAUUUGGAAUUGCGGUGUCUGGAGGCAGGGACAACCCCCAUUUUGAAAAUGGAGAAACAUCAAUUGUCAUUUCUGACGUGCUCCCGGGUGGACCCGCUGAUGGGCUGCUUCAGGAAAAUGACAGGGUGGUCAUGGUUAACGGCACCCCCAUGGAGGAUGUGCUCCAUUCAUUUGCUGUUCAGCAGCUGAGAAAAAGUGGAAAGAUUGCUGCCAUUGUGGUCAAGAGGCCCCGGAAGGUCCAGCUGGCCCCACCCCAGGGCAGCCCUCCAGAUGAGGGUGACCGGGCUUUCAACGUGAUGGAUGAGUUUGAUGGCAGAAGUGCCCGCAGCGGGUACAGUGAGAGGAGCCGGCACAGCGGCCAUGGGGGCCACAGCCACAGCUGGGAGGACAGCCCCGAGAGGGGGCGGCCCCAUGACCGGGCUUGGAGUCGGGAGCGGGACCCGGGCCGCGGCCGGAGCCUGGAGCGGGGCCUGGACCAUGACGACUAUGGGCGAGCCCGCGAGCGCAGCCGUGGCCGGAGCCUAGAGCGGGGCCUGGACCAUGACAACUACGGGCGAGCCCGUGAGCGCAGCCGUGGCGGGAGCCUGGAGCGGGACCUGGGCCACGAUGACUACGGGCGAGCCUGCGAGCGCAGCCGCGGUCCGAGCAUUGACCGGGCCUACAGCCCGGAGGUGGAGUAUAGCCGCAGGGCCCAGCCCACCAACCAGUACGAGGUGUCCCGGAGCCGCAGCCGUGAGCACCUCCAGUCCCGCAGCCCCAGCCCCGAGCUGAGGGGGCGAACAGACCAACCAGACUUGGAUAGGCCCAUUGGGGUCCUUCUGAUGAAAAGCAAAGCAAAUGAAGAGUAUGGUCUCCGACUCGGGAGUCAAAUCUUCAUAAAGGAAAUGACCAGAACCGGUCUGGCAACUAAAGAUGGCAACUUGCACGAAGGAGACAUAAUUCUCAAGAUAAAUGGAACUGUAACUGAGAACAUGUCUUUAAUGGAUGCUCGAAAACUAAUAGAGAAGUCAAGAGGAAAACUCCAGCUAGUGGUGUUGAGAGACAGCAGGCAGACACUCAUCAACAUCCCAUCAUUAAAUGACAGCGACUCAGAAGUAGAAGAUAUCUCAGAAAUAGAAUCAAACCGAUCAUUUUCUCCAGAGGAGAGACGGCAGCAAUAUUCUGAUUAUGAUUAUCAUUCCUCAAAUGAGAAGCUGAAGGAAAGGCCAAAUUCAAGAGAGGACUCGUCGAGCAGAUGGUCUAGGAUGGGCGCCAUACCCACUCCCUUUAAGCCCACUGGGGAUAUCACAGCGGCAGUUGGCUCAGAGACCAGCAAGGAACCUGGGUAUCAAGAGAAAUCCCCAGCUCCUCAACCAAGGGCAGCUCCAAGAACUUUUCUUCGUCCUAGUCCUGAAGAUGAAGCCAUCUAUGGCCCCAAUACCAAAAUGGUGAGAUUCACAAAGGGAGACAGCGUGGGCCUCCGGCUGGCCGGCGGCAAUGACGUUGGGAUAUUUGUGGCUGGCAUUCAAGAGGGUACCUCAGCGGAGCAAGAAGGCCUUCAAGAAGGGGACCAGAUUCUGAAGGUGAACACACAGGAUUUCAGAGGGCUGGUUCGGGAAGAUGCUGUUCUCUACCUGUUAGAAAUCCCCAAAGGUGAAAUGGUGACCAUAUUAGCUCAGAGCCGAGCUGAUGUGUACAGAGACAUACUGGCUUGUGGCAGAGGGGAUUCAUUUUUUAUAAGAAGCCACUUUGAAUGUGAGAAGGAAACUCCGCAGAGCCUGGCCUUCACCAGGGGGGAGGUCUUCCGAGUGGUAGAUACACUGUAUGAUGGCAAGCUGGGCCACUGGUUGGCUGUGAGGAUCGGCAAUGAAUUGGAGAAAGGUUUAAUCCCCAACAAAAGCAGAGCUGAACAAAUGGCCAGUGUUCAGAAUGCCCAGAGAGACAACGCUGGGGACAGGGCAGAUUUCUGGAGAAUGCGUGGCCAGAGAUCCGGCAUGAAGAAGAACUUAAGGAAGAGUCGGGAAGACUUAACUGCCGCCGUGUCAGUUAGCACCAAGUUCCCAGCUUAUGAGAGGGUUUUAUUGCGAGAAGCUGGUUUCAAGAGACCUAUAGUCUUAUUUGGUCCCAUAGCAGAUAUAGCACUGGAAAAGUUGGCAAAUGAGUUACCUGACCUUUUCCAAACUGCUAAAACAGAACCAAAAGAUGCAGGAUCUGAGAAAUCCAGUGGAGUGGUACGGUUAAAUACUGUGAGGCAAAUUAUUGAGCAGGAUAAACAUGCACUGUUGGAUGUGACUCCCAAAGCUGUGGACUUGUUGAAUUAUACUCAGUGGUUCCCGAUUGUGAUUUUUUUCAACCCAGACUCUAGACAAGGUGUCAAAACCAUGAGACAGAGGUUGAAUCCAACAUCUAACAAAAGUUCUCGAAAGCUAUAUGAUCAAGCCAACAAACUGAAAAAAAGUUGUGCACAUCUUUUUACAGCUACAAUCAAUCUAAAUUCAGCCAUUGAUAGUUGGUUUGGCAACUUGAAGGACACAAUUCAGCAUCAGCAAGGAGAAGCAGUUUGGGUCUCCGAAGGAAAGAUGGAAGGGUUGGAUGAUGACCCUGAAGACCGCAUGUCCUACUUAACUGCCAUGGGCGCAGACUAUCUGAGUUGCGACAGCCGCCUCAUCAGUGACUUUGAAGACACGGAUGGUGAAGGAGGCGCCUACACUGACAAUGAGCUGGAUGAGCCAGCUGAGGAACCGCUGGUGUCUUCCAUCACCCGCUCCUCGGAGCCGGUGCAGCAUGAGGAGAGCAUAAGGAAACCCAGCCCAGAGCCACGAGCUCAGCUGAGGAGGGCUACUAGCAGAGAUCAACUUAGGGACAAUAGCCCACCCCCUGCAUUCAAGCCAGAGCCGCCCAAGGCAAAAACCCAGAAUAGAGAGGAAUCCUUUGAGUUCUCCAGAUCCUACGAAUACAAGUCAAACCCUUCAGCUGUUGCUGGUAAUGAAAAUCUCGGGGCAUCUGCCAAAGGUUGUCCUCCUCCUGUUGCAGUAAAACCUACCUUUGGACGGUCUAUACUGAAGCCCUCCACUCCUGUCCCUCCCCCGGAGAGUGAGGAGGUGGGAGAGGUGAGUGAGGAGCAAAAUAACAGUCCCAAGUCUGUCCUGGGAAAAGUGAAAAUAUUUGAGAAGAUGGAUCAUAAGGCAAGAUUACAGAGAAUGCAAGAGCUCCAAGAAGCACAGAAUGCAAGGAUUGAAAUUGCUCAGAAGCAUCCUGAUAUCUAUGCUGUACCAAUCAAGACACACAAGCCAGACCCUGGCCUACCCCAGUACUCAAGUUCCAGGCCCCCUGAGCCACAGAAAGGUCCUCUGAGACUUCAUCAGGAUCCCAGAGGGAGUUAUGACAGUGAUGCCGAGGAGGAAGAAUACCGCCAGCAGCUGUCAGAACACUCCAAACGCGGUUAUUACGGCCAGCCUUCCCGAUACCGAGACACAGAACUAUAGGAGCCUGAGAACUGACACUCCGUGCCCGCUGCUGCCACCUCAGAGCAACACUCCUGUGGAGCCACGGGGUUUUGUUAAAUAAAUUGUUAAUCGGUUCUUUUCUAGUUGGAAUGUACUAUGGGGAUAGAGCAGGACCUGAGUGAGCUCCUGUUUCUUCACGGGGAACUUGAGGCAGCCAGUGCAAAUUAAGACCUGAAGGCUGUAUCUGCGGGUCUGAGGAUUUGAUGGCUUUUUGCUCAGAAUUAAAGAGAAAACAAACACUACAGUCUGACACUGUUACCUGCUUCAGUGGACCAAAACCUGUAUUAAUUCUGUUUGCAUAUUUUUAACAAUGUAUAUUAAGAAAUAGUAACUAUUUUUUCUCCUUAAUAGCUGUUUUCAAGGACUGUUUGAAUGAGAGAAUGUUAAAAAAGGAAUAAAAAUACUGUUGGGCUCAAACUAAUUUCAAGUAAGUAUUUUGUUACAACUCUAAGUGCCUUUGAUAAGAAGUGUCUUAAAUUUUCUUCCUAUGAAGCUUUAUGCAAAACCAUAAUGGACUAAAACUUUUUGACUAAAUUUUUAUACCAGUUUAAUAGCUAUAAUUUUCUCUGUACUGUGUCAUCUUUUCAAGGUAUUUGUUGUUAUAAUAUUUUCCAUAAAUUUUGACUGGAUAUGUAAUAGCUAUACCUGGUAGUUUGGCUACCAGUGAUAAAUAGCUUGAAGACCAAGAAAUUGGUAUAGAAAUUUUUUUGUGUUUAAAAUCACAUGCUCCACAAAAGCAGAUACUUGAGAAAAACAUUCUAUUUCCAAAAGUGUGUGUAUUGACAAGAGUCAGUUUUAUAAUUUAAUAAAAAGGAGGACAUUGCACUCAA